UUAUUGCAAAGGGCGCGGCCGUGGCGACCAGGAGCUAGAAGAUUAACGCAGCUCCCCCCAAACUCCACUCCAGCAUGGCCUCGGGGAAUGGAGGCGACCCAACGGACAGAUCAUCCCCCGAAAGAGCAUCAGAAAACCAGGUGGCUCAGGAGACUGAGGAGGUGUUCCAGAGCUACGUUUACUACCGAUAUCAGCAGGAGCACACUGAGGGGGAUGUGCCAGAAGACCCAGAAAUAGCUGAGAUCCGUCAGGAGCCAGAUAGCAUCCCCAACCAGGUGGGCAGGCGCCUGGUCGUCAUCGCCGAUGACAUCAAUAAACGCUACGAUAAGGAGUUCUCUGAUAUGCUGAAGUCACUGCAGCCAACGAUGGACAACGCUUAUGAGUAUUUCAUCAACAUAGCUUCCAGUUUGUUUGAAAGUGGCAUAAACUGGGGUCGUGUGAUAGCACUGCUGGGCUUUGGCUACAGGAUGGCCAUCCAUGUCUACCAGCAUGGGUUGACCGGCUUCCUGAGGAAAAUUGCACGCUACAUCGCUGAGUUUGUGCUUCGCAACAAUAUCGCCCGGUGGAUUGCCCAACAAGGAGGAUGGGUGGCAGCACUGGACUUAAGCAAUGUUUACUUGAAGUAUGCGGUGAUAGUGGCAGCCAUUAUCUUGCUGGGCCAUUUUGUGGUGCGGCGUUUUUUCACAGACUGACCGAGAAGGAAAGUGUUGCUGGCCACUUGCACGCCAGCCAUUGACUCACUGCUCUGUGGUGAUACUUUCAAAGACAGGAGGAUCCAGGGAACAACCAAAGGAAACCCCGAUGUGUUUUG